AAGCCUUUAGACAGUUUGCUGUGGAUUUGGAUAUAAAUGUGCCCCUCAAGUCCCUGUUUUACUUGUCAAAUGUUGAUGUAAAAAUUAGUUUGUUAACUUGCUUUUGGUGGAGGUUUUUUAAGUUGUUUGUAGUCCAAACUCGAGGAGUCUCCAAAAACAUUUCAACCUUACAUUAGCUCCAUUACCUAUUAAAGACUAAAAUAAUUUCCGGAAAAUACAUUUUAUUAUAUUCUUCCGGAAAUUAUAUUGUCUGAAAUAAACACAUUUUCUGGAAAUAAUGCAGUAUCCGGAGAAAUAACUAAUAUUUUUUGGGAAACUCAUUUCCGGAAAAUACACCCCCUUCAAACUUUUAGCUCCGAUUUUUUGAGAUUAUUUCCCCAUCUUUUCCGUGUCAUUUUCUUAAAUUAAAAUGAGAUAAUCUUCUUUUUAUUUUUUAGAUAUUUCAAAAAAUAUUUUAAUAAAAAUGUUCAACAACAACAACAAAUCAACACCUCUAAAACGCAAAAAAUUAGCUUUGAAGCCGAAUGAAUUAAAAGAUGAAGAAUUUAUGUCCCCAGUGAAGAGAAGAGCUAAAAUGUCAACAAACACUUGUGAAGAAUUCUUCCGUCAAUCUGGUCCCACAACAACAAGUUUUUCUACAAAUAAGUUUUUAUUUCAACGCCCUCCGAUUGAUGAAUCCUUCAUUUCCCCAUUAAAACAACAAUGGAAAGGAUUCUUGUCUUCUCCUUCACAUUCUUCAGAUGAUGUCAACAAAGUUUGGUUAAAAACACCUUCACCUGCUCGAAGGUUGAAACAAUCUGUUAUUUGUAAAAAUAUUGGAAAUUUGUUGCUGAUGUCUCCAGAAAAAGAAUCUGAUGAGGAAGAAGAAGAAUUUCAUGAAGACAAUGAAAAUAAAGAAGGAGACGAUGAUGAGGAAGUGGAAGAAAAAUUGAAAGAAGAAGAUACAAUCAAAAAAUACCCAACAAAGAGAAGAACAACAACCAAAAAACAAAAUGGAGGUAACUUUGUAAAAUUAAAUAUGCGUCAUCGUCGAUUUGCUCCAAGCAGUAAGUUUGGAAUUAAAAAGAAAUGGAGAAAAAAAUUUAAGAAUUAA